CUGAUCCGAUCCGAGUGAGUAACGACGGUCACUUCCCCCCUCAUCCACUGGCCGGCCGUCCGUCGUCUUGGCUCGCGGCGGCAUCCUAAACCCUAGCUGCGGCAUGGAGACUUCUCUGCGGCUGCGCGGCGGCGGGUCACGUCCGCAGUCAAAGUCACAGGAGGGCCUCCGCAUCCACGCCAAGGAGAAGCUCCCCAUCGCCUCCAACGCGCUCCUCCAGGCUCACGGCGAGAUCCACGCCGCCACCGGCGCCCCGACCUAUCUCGCCCUCCUCUUCAGGAACUUCUAUCCCCGUCUCUCCGCCAAUCUAGGCCUAGGCCUCGCCAUCCACUUCCGCAACAACCAACCACUACCACUAGCAUGGGACAACUUCUCCUACACCCUCCGUGCCAGCAAGGCUAUCAUCCCCUUCCCCUCCAACGCCUUGCUCGGGAUCAACCUCAAGGGACGCCUCCUCGCCGACAAAUACUUCAACCCGACCGCCCGGACUGCUGCCGUCGAGUUAGCAUGGACCAUACUUGAUCUCAAAAGGGGUCAAGAUGUCAGGCUCAAACUUGGAUAUCAACUCUUGCACAAGAUGCCUUAUUUCCAACUCAGGGAAAACAAUUGGACUUUUAAUGCUUAUAUGGAUGGAAAAUGGGAUGUUAGGUUUGAUCUGUGAUCAAAAGGCAAUGAAUGGAGGAUGGAUGUUGCAUCGUGAGAAGAACCGGAGGACCGGAUAGCAUGCUGUUGGGCACAUUGGAAUGCACGGCCGAUUUCUCAUCCUUAAACAAGUAAGUGGUACUACUUUUAAUUGGAUGAGUUCAUAAUUGAAAACCAUUUGUGCAGUUGUAUUUGGGUCACCUGUUGUAGCUCGUUAAUGCCUUCUGUGUGUUGUGGACCCUGUCAGUUGGACUGAGAAUAUAUAGAUUCAGGUGUGAGCAGAGUGCAGUGUUGGCAGCAGUAAGCAUGCAUGUUGAGAAAAUA